AUGAAGGAUUCGACAUUACCAUGCAACCCUUCUUCUCCUUUACCCUCUAUCUCCUCCUCCACGCCGCCCUGCGCGGCCGACCAGGAAGCUCUCUCGGAAACCAUGAUAGAGGAAAGCAUCUCUCGUGCCGAACCCAUUAUCAGGAAAUGGGACUUAGGUAUGGGUGGCCUCCAGAAAUUCUCGAGCCUCUUUGUUGACGACAGAAGAGAAGCCAAGAGUUUCUUCGAAGCUGCGACAAGUCUGCAACAAGCCAUCAACUACUAUUUGAAGCAGAGUGCAGCCUCUGAGGAACUCAUAAGGGUUCGGAAGCUAAUGAAGGUCGCGAUGAAGAGAUUGGAGAAGGAAUUUCACAUGAUUUUGUCUGCAAAUCGAAAGAAUCUUGAUUCUGGAUCGGUCUCAAGCCGGUCCUCAAGGACCAGGUCCAGCUUUUCUGAGUUCUUCGAAUUUUCAGAGGAAGAAGUGAACUCGACGAGUCCACCCCGUACGUCCCCGCCUCCGCCUCCAACUCCGGGUGGGAAUGCCAAGUUGGACGCUGAGAGAGCUACAGAAAUGGCUAUGGCUGACUUGAUGGGAAUUGCGGAUUGCAUGAUCGCCUGUGGUUAUGGGAGGGAAUGCAUACGUGUUUACAAGUCGAUCAGGAAAUCAAUGGUUAUUGAGAGCCUUUAUCAUCUGGGAGUUGAAAGAUUAAGCCAUCCUCAAAUGAAGAAAAUGGAAUGGUUGGUCUUAGAACCCAAAAUCAAGAGAUGGUUGCGGGUGGUUAAGUUUGCGGUGAAAACUCUUUUACAGGGAGAGAAAAUUCUUUGCGAAAUCGUCUUCUCGGAGAAGGUGGCCGAGUCGUGUUUUCUUGAUAUCUCUUGCGAUGCUGCCUGGAACCUGUUCAGUUUCCCUGAAAAUGUAGCCAAAUGCAAGAAGUUACUCUCGCCAGAGAAGAUGUUCAUCGCCCUGGAUAUUUAUGAGGCAGUCUCUGACCUUUCGCCGGAGAUUGAAUCCCUAUUUGCUAGCAAGUUUUUCACGUCAGUCAGGGCGCAGGCAACGGCGGCGCAGGCAAAGAUGGGUGAAGCUGUGAGAACUAUACUGGGCCAAUUCGAGGCGGCGAUUCAGAAGGACUCCUCAAAAUCGCCGGUGGCAGGCGGCGUCCACCCCCUGACUCGCUACGUCAUGAAUUACCUUGUUUUCCUCAGUGAUUACAGCGUCCACAUUUCCAACAUUGUAAAGGAUGGGCCGGUGAACCCGCAAACUCCUCUACCAGAACCUCAAUUCUCCAGCCUGACCGCCGUCAGCGAAGAGGACCCGUCUGCAACACCGAUUAGCCGCCGCCUAGCAUGGUUGAUUCUAGUCCUGUUCAGCAACUUAGACAGCAAGGCGGCGCAAUACAACAACGCCGCAUUGCCGUACUUGUUCUUGGCCAACAACCUGAACUACGUUGUCUACAAGGUCCAAAACUCCAAUCUUGGGCUCCUGAUAGGAUCCAACUGGAUCCGAAAGCACGAGUCAAAGGUUAAACGAUACUUAGCCAAAUACGAGAAGUUAGGAUGGAGUAAGAUCCUCUCCUCAUUGCCUGAGAAUCCAACGGGGGAGAUUUCACCAAAGGAAGUGAAAGAAUGCUUUAAGAAAUUUAACUCAAGUUUCCAGGAGGCCUACAAGAAGCAGUGUUCUUGGGUCAUACCCGACCCGAAAAUCCGAGAAUCCGUUAAGGCGUCAGUAUCCAAAAGGAUCCUCUCCAGUUAUCUGGUCUUUCACCAGAAACACAGAGGUAAACAUGCCAAGGAUUGUACGGUCGAGUCAUUCAUCAGAUAUACCCCCGAAGAUUUGGAAAAAUACUUCUCGCACAUGUUUUCUGAGGCUGCGGGUGUUGUUGAUAAUAAUUUCAAAUUUCCAAAAAAAGUGGUCAAUAUUCAUUGUUAA